CAGAACGCGGAAGUCCCAGUUCCCCAACCUCUCGCCCAUCUUGAAGAAAUAUCAAAGUUUUGGGAUAGCCAACGUGAAGACCGAGUCAGGGCACUACCCUAGGGUCCAAUUGUGUUCUCACAGGAAGGAGAGAUGAGCAAGGGGAGGUCUAAAGGGCAGGAGAACGUGCCCAGCUCCCUCCUCAGCAUCCAGGAGAAUGAGCGUCUGGUGGACCUGCUGGGCCGGAGAUGUGUGACGCUGGCCACUGCUGUUGUGCAGCUCUAUAUGGCCCUUCCCCACAGUCCAGCCCACUGGAAUCUACAGCAUACUGGAGUGGUGUGUUUUGUUAAGGACAACCCACGCCGUUCAUACUUCAUCCGCCUUUAUGAUAUCAAGGAGGGGAAAAUAAUAUGGGAGCAGGAGUUAUAUAAUCAGAUGACUUACUCCAGUCCAAAGCAGUUUUUCCACAGUUUCCCAGCAGAUGAUUGCCAAGUGGGUCUAAACUUUGCAAGUGAAAAAGAAUCAGAGCUGUUCAGAAACACAUUAGAGGAAAAGAUCAACCAGAGAGCCAAUCGCCAAGAAAAAAAACAAAAUGCUCCAAGUGAAGAAAAACGUGCGCUACCACCCACACCACCAUCAAAUGGUCCACAGAUGCUGCCAGGUGGCAUGGCCACAAGAGAUAUCCAAAACCCAGACAUUUUAGCAUCUCGAUAUCGACCACCUAAUGUCCCUGUGCCUGCGCCUGCUGCCUUUGGCAAAGGAAAAAAGGACAAGAAGGGCAAGAAGAAGGGACCUCGACUUACCAAGGCAGAUAUCGGAGCACCCAGUGGUUUUAAGCAUGUCACACAUGUAGGAUGGGAUCCUAACACUGGUUUUGAUACCAAUAAUCUGGACCCAGACCUGAAAAAACUCUUUUCUUGUGCUGGUAUUAGUGAAGACCAGCUGACAGACAAAGAGACAUCCAAACUUAUCUACGACUUCAUCGAGCAGUCUGGUGGCCUGGAUGCUGUCAAAGAGGAGAUGAGGAAGCAGGAUGCAAUAGGUCCUCCAUCUCGGAGUAUCCCCCCAGUCCCAAGUGGUGUAUCAGCACCCCCUCCACCUCGUGGGGACCGAGGUCUUCCUCCCGUCCCUGGCCAACCUCCACCACCUCCUCCAUCCCGUAAUCAAAGACCUCUACAUCGUGGGCCCCUUCCACCACCUCCUCCCACUGGAAGAAGCGGACUUCCACCUCCUCCACCGUCCUCUGCUGGUCCCUCAGCUCCUCCACCACCACGCCCCAGUGCUCCUAUGGGUGGAGGAGGAGCACCUCCACCUCCACCACCACCACCUCCUCCUCCUCCUCCUCCUCCUCCACCUCCCGCUCCUGGCAUUAGCUCCAACAGCAGCAGCCCGGUCAGUCCUCCAGCUCCAGGAGGUGGCAGAGGAGCUUUAUUGGACCAGAUACGACUGGGAGCCAAGCUAAAGACUGUUACAGAGAGUCCUGAUCCUCCUCCUUCAUCACAAGAUCAGGGUAGUGAGGGCAUCGUUGGAGCUCUGAUGAUGGUGAUGCAGAAAAGAAGCAAAGUCAUUCAUUCCUCAGAUGAUGAUGAUGAUGAUGCAGUUGACGAUGAAGAUGAUGAUGAAUGGGACGACUAAUGCCAAUAUUCAUCUCACGCACGCGUGGGCGCGCACACACACACACACACACACACACACACACACACACACACACACACACACACACACACAAUGAUAUAUUCAUUUGGGGUAUUGCACAUGGAAGCUGGGAUUAUGGUGAGAAGGUGAGCAAUACUGAGGUAGAUUGCGAUAGAAAUAUGUUAGUUUAUAUUGUCAGGCUGAAUGAAGUAGGAUGUUAAAUGUGAAUAAUCUUAAACCUUUAAUAUGUGGGCGUCUCAGUCACUUUAGUUAACUCAGUUUGUUAUCAACUUAAAAAUUAUAUAAACAUAAAUUUACAACCCCAAGUCCAAAAAAGUUGGGACACUGUGUAAAACAAAUAAAAACAGAAUGUGAAGAUUUGCAAAUCAUGGAAACCCUAUAUUUCAUUGAAAAUGGUACAAAGGCAACAUAUCAAAUGUUGAAACUGAGAAAUUUUAUUGUUUUUUUGAAAACAUAUGCUCAUUUUGAAUUUCAUGUCAGCAACACAUUUCAGCAAAGUUGGGACAGGGGCAACAAAAAACUAAAAAGUUUUGUAAUGCUAAAAAUAAAUAAAUAAUUUGGUUAACUGGCAACAGGCCAGUAACAUGAUUGGGUAUAAAAAGAGCAUCCCAGAGAGGCUGAGUCUCUCAGAAAUAAAGAUGGCGAAGGGUUCACCGCUCUGUGAAAGACUGCAUGGGCAAACAGUGCAACAAUUUAAGAAUAACAUUCCUCAAUGUAAAAUUGCAAAGAUUUUGGGAAUCACAUCAUCUAUGGUACAUAAUAUCAUUAAAAGAUUCAGAGAAUCUGGAGAAAUCUCUGUAUGCAAGAGACAAGGCUGAAAACUGACAUUGGAUGUCUGUAAUCUUCAGGCCCCCAGGCAACACUGUGUUAAAAGCAGACACGUGUCUGCAUUGGAAAUCACUGUAUGGGCUCAGGAACACUUCAGAAAACCAUUGUCUGUGAACACAGUUCAUUACUGCAUCCACAAAUGCAAGUUAAAAUCAUAUAUAAACAAUAUCCAGAAACACCGCCGUCUUCUCUGGGCCCGAGCUCUUUUACGAUGGACUGAAGCAAAGUGGAAAACUGUCCCAACAUCUGAUGAAUCAAAGUGGAAAUUCUUUUGAGAACUCAUGGACACCACGUCCUCCAGGCUAAAGAGGAGAGGGACCAUAACAAGUCCUUCGGCUUGUUAUCAGUGCACAGCUCAAAAUCCAGCAUCUGUGAUGGUAUGAAGAUGCGUGCACAUGACAUGGGGAGCUUGUACAUCUGGGAAGGCAUCAUUAAUGCUGAAUGAUAUAUAAAUGUUUCAAAGCAAUAUGCUGCCAUCCAAACAAAAUGUUUUGCAUGGAAGGCCUUCCUUCUUUCAGCAAGACAAUGCCAAACCGCUUUCUGUACCUAUUAAAACUGCAUGGCUCCAUUGUAAAAGAGUCUGGGUGCUAAACUGGCCUGCCUGCAGUCCAGACCUGUUUCCCAUUUAAAACAUUUGGCACAUUAUGAAGCGCAAAAUACCACAAAGGAGACCCCAAAUGGUUGAGCAACUGAAACUGUAUAUCAGACAGGAAUGGGACAACAUUUCGCUUUCAAAACUACAGCAAUUGAUCUCCUCAGCUCCCAAAUAUUUACAGAGGGUUGUUUAAAGUAGAGGUGAUACAACACAGUGGUAAACAUGCCCCUGUCCCAACUUUUUUGAAAUGUGUUGCUGACAUCAAAUUCAAAAUGAGCAUAUAUUUUUCAAAAAACAACAAAAUUUCUCAUUUCAACAUUUGAUAUGUUGUCUUUGUACUAUUUUGAAUGAAAUACAGCAUUUCCAAGAUUUGCAAAUAGUCAUAUUACUAUGUUUUUUAUCUACGUUUUACUCAGUGUCCAAAAUUUAUGGAACUGGGGUUGUAAUACAAACUGUCAUGAUAGUAAAAAAAAAAAAAAAAAAACUGUUAAAACCAGUAAUAGCAAAAUCCAAUUUGUUUCUCACAAAAAAAAUCAAUUUAUCUAAAAUUUAAUAUUUAGACUUUUCACAAUGUGCUUUACAUGUAAAUUGUUAUUUCGUCAAUCAUUUUUCUAGCACACUUUUGCUAGGCCCAAGCUUCUUGGCUUGAUUAGUCUCAAGUACUUCCAAGUGGCUUGUGCUCCUUUUCUAUAGAAAUUCUCUGUAAUUGUACAAUUUUCUUUUUCUUGAAAGAGUGCUAAAUAAAUUUGCCUUUGUCUAACACAAUUUGCAAUCUUUUAACCGAUUUGCUAUUUUGUUACUGGAGUUGAGGGAAGAUAUCACAGGUAACCAGUAACCCAAAGUUUGCAUUUAAGGGUUCAGGUGAUAACAAAUAUGAGUAUUAUUAAAACUGAAAAAAAUAAAAUAAAAUAAACUCAUUGUGCAAUCUGCAAGAACCGCUGCAUGUCUAUUUUCCCUUUUGACAGCAAUUUUCGAUAUUAAGCAUUUUCCUUUGGUCCAAAUGACUAAGCCUUUCCAAUUACCAAUUCACUUGUUUACCUGUAGAACGUUCCAAACAGGUAUUUUUUGAGCACUCCAUAGUUUCCCCAGUGUUUUGUUUCCCCCGUCCCAACUUGGAAAGUGUUGCAAGCGUCAAAUUCAGAAUGAGUACAUAUUUACAAGAAAACAAUCAAGUUUAUCAGUUUGAACAUCAAAUACUUUGUCUUUCCAUUGUAUUCAACUGAAUAUAAUUUGAAGAUGAUUUUUUUUUUAAAAUCAGAGCUGUAUAUCUUUCUUUGGUUUACGAAUGUAAAGAUGACCAUAGCGGUACCAUAACGUGGUAUAGCUCAACAAUGUGCAUAGACAAAGUAAGAAAAAUUAAAGCUCUGUGAAUUUUAAUUAA